GUCAACAAAGUACCCAACUUCCGCUAAGCGUGGCAUGCAAAGAGUUUUUCUAAAAUCGAUCAGUUUACUUAGAAAAGUACCGCAUUUAUCAAUUUAUAAAUCUAAGCUUGCAAUAUUUAGAUUUCAAUCUUUUUCAUCUCUGAAUAGCUCUCUGUGUCAAAAAAAAUUUAGCAAGAAAUUACUUGAAUCCGCUUUGAUUAGAAUACAUAACAUGAAUGACCCGGCACAUCAAGAAAUGUUGGCUCCCUUACAGGCUUCUGUUAAGGAACAAGGUGAUCUUGUUCGUCAGCUAAAAGCUGAUAAAGCCGCAGAAAAUGACAUCAAACUCGCGGUAACUGAAUUAAAGGCUAGAAAGAAAAAACUUGAGGAUAAGUUGUUAGAAAUAUCCAAAGUGGAAGAGGGGGAUCAAAUUGAUAGAGCCAAGUUGGAAGAUUUAUUAAAACAAAGAUUUUUCUAUGACAUGAGCUUUUCUAUUUAUGGUGGUAUUACUGGUUUAUAUGACUUUGGACCGAUGGGCUGUAUGGUGAAAACAAACUUAAUUCAGGCUUGGAGGGAUAUGUUUGUCCUUGAGGAACAAAUGUUAGAAGUUGAUUGUAGCAUGCUAACUCCUGAGUCUGUUUUAAAAGCUUCAGGCCACGCCGAAAGAUUUGCUGAUACAAUGAUUAAAGAUUUAGUGAGUGGAGAAUGUUUUAGAGCAGAUCAUCUAAUUAAUGCUGCAAUAGAAAAAAUGUUAACUGAUAAAAAAAUUUCUGUUGAAAAGAAGCAAGAGCUACAAAAGCUUAUUCCUCUCGUUGAGUCCAUGUCUAAAGAGGAGAUGAAAAAUGUUAUAGAAAAAUAUUCAAUCAAGUCUCCAAGCACUGGUAGUGCACUUUCUGAGCCAUUAGAUUUUAAUUUAAUGUUUGAGACAUCGAUUGGACCAGCUGCUAAAAUCAAAGGUUUCCUUCGUCCCGAAACUGCACAGGGUAUUUUCGUUAAUUUCAAAAGACUUUUGGACUUUAACGCUGGUAAACUACCUUUUGCUGCCGCUCAAAUCGGUAACGCUUUUCGUAACGAAAUAUCGCCAAGAUCUGGUCUUAUAAGAGUAAGAGAAUUUACAAUGGCGGAAAUUGAGCAUUUCGUUGACCCUAGUAACAAAACCCAUCCCAAAUUUGAUUCAGUGAGCGAUGUUAAAGUACCCUUGUAUAGUGCCUGUGCUCAAAUGGACGGGAAAUUACCAGCAGAAAUGACAUUACAACAAGCUUUAAAGGAUGAAUUAAUAUCAAACGAAACCCUGGCAUACUUUCUUGGAAGAAUUUACUUGUUUAUGGUUCAUAUUGGCCUAGAUCCUAAAAAGAUCCGAUUCAGGCAACAUCUAUCAAACGAAAUGGCUCACUAUGCUAAGGAUUGUUGGGAUGCUGAAGUAAAAACUACUUACGGGUGGGUUGAAUGUGUUGGAUGCGCCGAUAGAAGCUGUUUUGAUCUUCUCCAGCAUUCGAAGGCAACGGGCAUAAAAUUAGUUGCUGAGAGAAGUCUAGCUAAACCUACUGAGAGGUCUAUUGUCGAGGUUAAUCCCAUUAAAGCUACUAUUGGUAAACGCUUCAAAAAAGAUUCUAAACUUGUUCAACAAACAUUGGCAUCCUUAUCGGCUUCAGAAGUAGAGGAAGUGGCUAAUAAUCUAUCGUCAAAAGGAAGUCACUCUUUAGCAGCCAAUGGUGUAACAUUUGAAAUCGACACAACCACUGUAGAGGUUAAAAGAUAUAAGAAAACUAUUCAUGUUGAAGAAUUUACCCCGAGUGUUGUUGAGCCUUCAUUUGGUAUUGGUAGGCUAAUGUAUGCAUUGUUCGAGCAUAAUUUUAAGAUUAGAGAAGGAGAUGAGCAGCGAACUUACUUGACACUGCCUCCAGCAAUUGCACCAUAUAAAUGCUCUGUGUUACCUUUAAGUAAUAACGCAGAAUUUCAACCUUUCAUUAAGGAGUUAUCCAAAAACCUAACAAGAGUCGGCGUUUCUCACAAAGUGGAUACAAGCUCUACUGCAAUUGGCCGUCGUUAUGCAAGAACUGAUCAGAUAGCUAUUCCCUUUGGCAUAACAGUAGAUUUCGAUUCUCUAAAGGAACCUCAUACAGCAACAUUACGAGAAAGAGACACUAGGAAGCAAAUUCGAGCAUCUAUGCUUGAAUUGCCAGAAAUUAUUAGGGAUUUAUCUUUAAAUAAGAGAACAUGGAAAGACGUUAUCGAGUCGUAUCCUUCUUUUGAGCAGCAAGAGAAUACGAAAUAA